GUCUGCCGGCGGCCGUGGGCGUCCACGCUUCCAGCGCGCCACACGCCUGCCGCUCCGCCAACCUCCUCCAGGAGCGAGGCGAGGCAGGCGCAGGCAUGGCGGGCGAGCAGCCGCGCCAGGGGCAGCCGGCAGCCCCUCCGCCCCCGCAGCCGCCCCCGCAGGCGCAGCCGCAGCCGCAGCCGCAGGCAGACGCGGCCGCCGGCAAGUACGCCGCCGUCGUGGUGGCGCUGACGCCGGCCAGGCCCCGCGAGACCUGGGCCAAGAAGGUCGAGUUCCUGCUCGCAGUAAUCGGCUUCGCCGUCGACCUCGGCAACGUCUGGCGCUUCCCCUACAUCUGCUACCAAAACGGCGGCGGCGCCUUCCUGAUCCCUUACUGCAUCAUGCUGGUCUUCGGCGGCCUGCCCCUCUUCUACAUGGAGCUGGCUCUGGGGCAGUUCCAUCGAUGCGGCUGUCUCACCAUUUGGAAGCGCAUCUGUCCCGCUCUCAAAGGUGUGGGCUACGCCAUCUGCCUGAUCGACGUGUACAUGGGCAUGUACUACAACACCAUCAUCGGCUGGGCGGUGUACUACCUGUUUGCGUCGUUCCGCUCGGAGCUGCCGUGGACGAGCUGCGACAACCCGUGGAACACGGCCGACUGCACGCCCGUCUUCUCGCUCGCUCGCACCAACCGCUCCGUCAGCCCCGCCCGCGAGUUCUUUGAGCGCAGCGUGCUGGAGCUGCACCGGUCGGAUGGCCUGGACCGCAUGGGGCCCAUCAAGUGGUCGCUGGCGCUCUGCGUCCUCGCCGUCUUCCUGCUCGUCUACUUCUCCCUCUGGAAGGGCGUCCGCAGCGCCGGCAAGGCGGUGUGGGUGACGGCGCUGGCGCCGUACGGCGUGCUGGUAAUCCUGCUGUGUCGCGGCGUGACGCUGCCGGGGGCCGCCGAGGGCAUCCGCUACUACCUCACCCCGGAGUGGCACAAGCUCAGCAACGCCAAGGUGUGGAUAGACGCGGCGUCGCAGAUCUUCUUCUCCCUGGGUCCCGGCUUCGGCACUCUGCUCGCCCUCUCCAGCUACAACAAGUUCAACAACAACUGCUACCGGGAUGCCAUCCUGACGAGCAGCAUCAACUGCCUGACGAGCUUCCUGGCCGGCUUCGUCAUCUUCUCCGUGCUCGGCUACAUGGCGCACGUCCAAAAGAAGAGCGUCUCAGAAGUCGGCCUCGAAGGUCCAGGCCUUGUGUUCAUCGUGUACCCGGAGGCCAUAGCGACUAUGUCUGGUUCCGUCUUCUGGUCCAUCAUCUUCUUCCUCAUGCUCAUCACUCUCGGGCUGGACAGUACGUUUGGCGGCCUGGAGGCGAUGAUCACAGCGCUGUGCGACGAGUAUCCGCGCGUGCUCGGCCGGCACCGUGAGGCGUUCGUCGCUGUGCUGCUGCUUGCCGUCUACAUCUGCGCACUGCCCACCACCACCUACGGCGGCGAGUACCUGGUCAACCUGCUGAACGUGUACGGCCCGGGCAUCUCGAUCCUGUUCGUGGUGUUCGUCGAGGCGGUGGGCGUGUGCUGGUUCUACGGCGUCAGCCGCUUCUCCAGGGACAUCGAGAAGAUGCUCGGCCACCAGCCCGGCAUCUUCUGGCGCGUCUGCUGGGCCUACAUCAGCCCCAUAUUCAUUCUCGUGAUCUUCAUCUUCUCGCUGAUGGGGUACGAGGAGAUGCUGCCGGGCGAGUACGUGUACCCCGCAUGGAGCAUCAGCGUCGGCUGGGUGCUGACCGCCUCGUCCCUCGUCUGCAUCCCCCUGUACAUCAUCUACAUGCUCAUCACCACUCCCGGGACCUGCCUGCAGCGCGUGAAAGCGGCAGUGAAGCCGUGCGACGAAUGCGACGAGCCGGCAGCGGUGAGCGUCAACUCCAACUACGGCGCAGCGGACAGCACGGGCGGCGGCUGCGCAGGCACAGUGGCGGUCUCUGGCGGCGGCGCGGGCACACACGUGUGACGUAGCCGGCCGGAGUGGCUCGUGUGAGCGCGCCAUAGCCGCCGGAGCCGCGACGCCGCUGCAGCCGCAGCCGCGGAACACGCAGGCGGUUCAGUCUGGCCGCCAGAAGCAAGGUCGCGAAGCGGCCCUCCGCUGCUGGCCGCUGUUUGCACAGCCCCAGAGAUCGCAUUACUCGACUCACUUUGUCUGCGGCUAUUGUGGAACGCCGAGAGCUGCCUGCUCUCCUACGCUCACCCCUUCUCACCCCCCUUCCCUCAUUAAUCCUCGCCCUUCCUCCCAAUUCCCCUUUUUCAUAAAAGGGCACCUUCCAUUUACCGACGUGUCGACCAAGAAGAAUUGCAGUUGACGAUCAGCCUGCAUUUGUACUCGCAUUUCUAUAUCUCUCCGCUUUCUGCGUACCAAUGUCUUUUUUUAUACCUGUAUAUCUAGUAUUGGUGUUAACGACGUGAGUAAACACGUCACCUCACGCCCUCGGCAAGAGGAAAAUGCAUGCAAAGCGAUCUUCCGAUUCUGUAACACCGUGCAAGUAGUGGUCUUAAGAAUUGCUGGCUAUAUACGCACGGUAAGCUGUUAGUGUCGUAGUCACUGUUAACGAAUUUGAUUAGGUGCUGAGUAGCAACCAUUUUACGCAUAUUAAAGUUUUGAUACAAAUCGCGACGAUUCUCGAGUAGUAUAAGACACAUUUAGAAGACUGUCACACAUCUUGAAAUUUCGGCUGUUUACACUCACAGGCACGCUGCUUGUUAAUGUGAAUUUUCUUUAAGACAUCUUUUAUUUCCUUUAGUCGAAAACACUUUCUCAGUGAAAACCAUUCCAGAUAUUUCUCGCAAAAGUUCUUGUUAACAUAAUUUUAUUAAGCCGACAGUUUCCAGCUUUUCUUUCUUUUUGGCGAAAAAACGUAUUUCAACAAUUUCAAAGAGACCAGCCUAUUUUUCCGUAUAACUGUUUGGAGGGCACAUCAUCAAAUUAUAUCUUGUAAGCUGCUUUAUAUCUUACAUUUCCCCAGCAUGUCUCUCUCGCUCUUUCUAUUUCUCUCUCUCUCUCUUUUACACACACAUACACAAACACACACACACACACACACACACACACACACACACACACACACACACACACACACACACACAACUUAUAGUCGGGAUUUCAGGACUAAGUAUAUACAUGAAAAUGUAGUGUGCCAUACUGAGUAAAUUGCAUACAUGUGUAGUAAAUUUCAACGUAAUCUUAUACGUGUUUGCUGUGAAAUGGUGAAAAAAUAGGAUCCUCAGGCCAUUUAGAUGUACUAGUGUUGCCUCAAAUGACAAAUCAGAUACUAAGAUAUUUCAAUUACAAUAUGCAUUGUGAGUCCUUAGGAAGUUACUUGAUGACUGUAAACUAUACUUACAGAAGGUAGUGCUAUAGAUGCAAUAUAAUAUCAACUUUAUAAUGGACCCAUACACCACAAAAAACAUAACUAACGGUACCAAGUAUUCAAGAGCAAAUCACCAAAAGUGAUGGGAUAGUUACUGUACAGUUUCUCAGACUCAGUGAUUGAACCCAAAAUCAGAAAUAAUUAUUAUGAAGAAAGUAGUCUUUCGACAAUCAUCCUUCAAUAACUAAUAACAAGUUGGCAAUGUAAAUGUAUCUAGAGCCUUUUAUGUAGGACCCACCUUAAUAUUAUAUAUGGAAUGUUUAAAGAGUAUGCUGUUAUGAGAAAGGAAUUUCUCAGAUACCACAUAUUUGCUUUUAUAUUCUACAAUAAUAGUGAUGGGCAACUUGUUUCAUCAUUUUUCUUCAUGUUCCCAGAAACACCUGAACUGUCAUGAUAAUCAGUUUGAUAGUAAAGCUUUUGUUUGAUAUUCGCAAUGUACUAUGUCAUUUCAUGUUAGUGCCCUUUGCUUAUACAUGUCGCCCAUGUAAAUCGAUGUAUGUUCAUAACCAUAACCUUUGUAGAACAUGAUCAAAUGUAGUUGUAGUAGCGUAUGUCAGGUAAAUAAGGCUUUACACAAAUAGUAAAAUCUGUAUUUUAGGAUGACAUUUGUACUGUGUUCAAGUAAAUCAUGUAUCAUUAGACAAUACUUACAGUUAGCUGAGAAUACUAUACUUAUAAAGGAUUUAUAUGAUUAUAUUACGAAAAUAUUAAAACCAUGAAACUAAAGUUAUAAUGAACAAUAUUGUGUAUAUUGUAAAUGUUAAAGGACAAAGACAUUAAUUUUCUAUGAGGGACUUGUAAGUACUAAAUUAUAUUUAUGAAAUAUGUUUAAAGCUGGAAGAAACUAUGCACAAGAGUCUAAAGAUUUUAUUACCUUAUUGGUCAUUGAGUAAUCAAAUGCCAUCCUGUUCGGAGAAACAAUUUGGCAUUGUUGCCAUGUUCAUUGUAUUUAACUGUACAAAAGGAAAACAAACUAACAAACAAUAUUUAUACUUUUUAAAUAAGAUAUUAAAUGGAGACAAUAGAUUUUAUUGUGAAAUAACUAGAACCUUUUGUUAAGUGUUUGUAGUAUUGUAUGUAAUUUGUUAGUUCAAAACAGUGAAUGUUCCAUUAGGGAUGCUUAGGCAGGUGUAAAUAGGCAAUAAUGGCAGACUGUUUACUUCGCCAUAUACAUGUUAGUGCAAGCCUAAAUUAUUAGAAUCAGAGAAACUGUUUUUAUUUAUAGUGCUUAUGUGUUUCCAUGUUAAAAUGUUUAAAACAGGUUCAGAUGGGUGCUUCGUAAAAAAGUUAUUCAAUUUGGUACAUUGUGGAGAGUUCGUUCUUAAUUUACAGACUUCUAUUCAAUAAGACACUUUUUCGUAAGAAUAUGUGAACUAUGAUAAGCAUAGAGUUAAGUUUCAGUGGUACUAAGGCAGGUUCCGAAGCCAGAUAUUACUGUCCUACCUCAGUCCGUUUGUGUACAAAUAUGUUUCAUAUAUUUCGUAUGUCAUCAUGGAAAGUCCACCUCUGAGCUUAAGGCGUUUUAAGGCUACUGCCUAACCUGUAAUGUUCAACAUCGGAUGUUAGCAUCCGAUAUGUUUGUUACAUGCGAGGAGCUUCACCGCGGCCUAAAGCACGUGUGCACGUCCCGAUCGUGGCGCCACCGUAGCGUAUACAGCGCUGCUCACUAGCGGUGACUGCAAAAACUACAUCUUUUUACAAAUGGUUUGGCGCAGCAUUUACAUUUCGCUGAUAGGAUAUUACUAGACGCUUUACUUACAAUAGGCCGCAAAUGAAAAUAAUGGGCGUGCACUUGCCGAUAUUAGGGUGAUCUACAAAAGCAGUAGUUUGUGUGUUCGACUUCAAGCACGAUGCCCGGCAUUCAGCAGAACAUAAUUCUCAUUUAGUUGGGUCAUAGUCUCAUCGUUGACGGUACGAAAUAAUACCUGCGAAACGGUCGCGCAGAGAAGGCGUUGCAUUCACAGCCAGAAUGCAACUGUCUUGGUGUGCAUCCGAUUAGCAGACACUAACAUUUGUGCUAUGAUGUCAUUUGUACCCUAUCAUUGUUCCUCACGGGAUUCCCUAGCUAUAGCUUUUCAUCUCCCAUCAUAAACUGUGUGUUAGGAAAGGCGAUCUUGCGAUUCACCAGUCAUUCCAUCAACUGAAAUAUAAAACUCUGAAAUUAUGUCUAAAAGUGUCUAAAAUUCCUGUGAUUAGUUCAUUUUAUCUCGGGCUGUGUUAUCUGCUCUUCGUUCCGCAUUCUUACGCAUUACUAGAAAACGGAUACACAUCACAAUUUUCAAUUUCCUCUUUCAUAGUUCUCUUCCCUUUUUUCCCUCUUCAGUUAUUUUCAUAUUUCAGUAAUCUCUCGCAGUGCAAUGCUGACACAAUGUAACUUAAUUUCAGUUCAAUGUAUAAUACUUAGGAAACGUCAAAGCAUUUUCAGUCCCCAGACGUUCCAUUACGUGACUGACAGCUUUAUGAAGCAAAUGGCUAAUAAGUUCAUCCUCGGAAUUGCUACAAGCGAGAGAAAAACUCGUUGGCAGUAGUUUAGGCUUUAAUGUACACAGAAAAACGCUACCCACAGCGUAAGGAGAAAUUUUGAUGAUGUCCGAAAUGUCUGAAAUGAAAGCGAAGAUCCUGUUGGCAUCUUAAGAGGAAUCUCAUUCACAGAUCAUUUUUUUAAAGUUGUGUGGUGCAUGCGCUGGCUUUAAGAUCGUUGUGUCACAGCUGUACACAAGGCACAUGUUUGAUUACUAUCCUUGAUAAUCCUCUACAGUAUUAACAGAAAACUUUUAGUAAAUACUUUAGUGUUACAGCAAACGAAAAUAUAUAAAUAUAGAUGUAUGUGUCAAGCUAAACCUUUUGCACAUCGACAUUCAAAGACAUUUGCCGUUCGCUGGCUAUAGAUUACCAACUAAGAGCUCCUAAUUAGUUUAAAGGACAACUUCUACGCUUGAACCUAGCAAUGGCUGCUCUCCACACCUCGCUGUUACCACAGAGAUUCUCCCAAGUGGCUAACACUAUCAGGAAAAUGUAUACUGCCGAGAGUUCGACCUUGACUCAGCCUCAAGGUUGUUACUCGACGCAUAAACUUUCCUUCAGUCUCUCUGGAUUCAUAGUAGCUUGAGAGAGCUCCACUAGAAUUUGGAGGAUAUGAGGCAGCCUCAUUAACAACUCGAAGCCUUCAUAGAUCACCUGAGGGAUUUAGUUCAAAUUGUCGUAUAUAAUCAACACAACGUGUACUCUGUCAACACCAUUAUGUCUCAUUCUGUAACAGUCUUCGGCCAACGGAGGGGAGCCUGUAGAUUUCAAAAGUCUGUAAUUUCUCAGUGGUGAUAUCUUAGGGAAUUGAAACGAACACUAUAUUUCUCUUGUGGUGGAGAGAUAGAAGAGAUAUUAAUGUGGUUGCGGUAGUUCGUCCCAAAAAUGUGUAAAUAAUCGCAGCUGUAAUAAAAAGGACAUAUAGACUUAUUCAAAAGAGGGAAAUUUUGCUUUUGUUAGCAGACUAUGUUGCAUUAUUUUAAUCAGAAAUCUACACGAUGUUAACACCGUAAUUUUGUAGCUCGUAUUUUUUUUUUUUUUUCAUGCUGACUGCCGGGUGAUCGUCCUUUACGUGUGAGUGUGUUGUACAGAGCGUUUGUGAGUGUAUGCGUGUGUGUGUAUGUCUGUGUGUGUGACUUUGUGCCUGCCGUGGCUCAUUGCUCAGCCAUGAAUGAGUCGCGGCCCGUGUGUCACUAAUUUUUGCUGUUGUUUCAAAAAGAAAAAGAUUGUGUGUUCCUACAUCUACGAUUGCUCCUUGUAUGUUUUAUAGAUAAGGAUACCAACUAUAAUUUUAAAGGAAAUGUCUCGCGCGGGACAUCAGACACGUAAGAUGCCGAAUGGAAGUGCACAAAGAGAAUAAAACAUUGGUGUUUUUAA